UCAAAUCCAUAGUGAAGCAGCUCAGGUCAUCUUGUGUUUGGGCGGUGGCAGAGUUCCUCUACGCGCCGGGAGCCCGGGGAAGCGGGAAGUAAGCCGGAAGUGCGAAUUCCCAAGGUUCUAAAGGUUGGCUUGAGAGCCUGCCGUACAGCCAGGUACUACUUCACCAGUUACUCUGGACAGUAACAAAACAAAUAAAAGCCCGAACCCAAACAUAGGUCUGUAAUUACUCUGGAAUCAGUAAGCCAUGGCGUCAAAGAAAUUUGCUGUUAAGGAACCUACCACAUAGAUACCGGCCACUCCUUUAUGUGCUAAAUGCCUCACCUCAGUAAACAGCAGCGCAAGCAGCACCGUCUGCACCGCGGGGUGUUCUUCACGCCAAACUUUGCUUGUGGGAAUUUUGCUGUCCUGGUGGAUCUUCAUAUAUCUCCGCAAGGUUCAAACAAAGAUACCAGCUGGUUUUCUGAACAGAAGAAAGAGGAAGUCUGUUUACUGUUAAAAGAAACCAUUGAUUCAAGAGUGAAGGAAUACUUAGGAGUUCGUAAACAGCACAGGCCGUCAAAUACAGAAUUCACAAGAUCCAGUCCCUUGUCCUUAAAAGAACUCCGGGUAUUUCCCGACAGAUUUGUGGUCUGCGUAAGUCAGCUUGCAUUCAGUCAUGAUCUUUUGGCAAGUCAGAGUGAAGAGUUGCCGGGAAGAGCUCUCCAAGGAGCGUCGGAGGAUCAUGCUGCGUGCGUGGAGAGGCCGCUUCUUCCUGGCACAGAGCUCAGGAGAAACGCUCUGCAAGACCUUGUGAACAGAACUGAAACAAAAAGGAGCGUCGUGAGCAAAUCACGGAGCAGCAGGGACAGUGUGGGAACAUCCAGUGACUCAGUGAUUGAGGAGGUAGCACGGAAGAGGGGCGACAGCCAGGCCUCAUCCAGUCCCCCGUCCACGGGACAGGCGAAGGCUUACGUAAAGGCAGCUGAGAGCCACCGGGGGCUUCCUGUUCCAAAGCUGGAGAAAGUUCACCAGCCUCCGCCAGAAGGCACCAGCAGCCAGCAGAAACCUCAUCCUGGGGCGCGGUUAGAGACGGGGCUUCUACGCAGGAGCCCUGUCUGUAGCUGUGAGUCAGCAUCCCUGGGUCCAAAAGAAAGUCCACGAGGGGCCAGAGCACAACGGAAACGCAGGAACCGCGGCUCUGUGGAAGACGCCGACCACCGCAAGAGAGCUUCUCUUGGAAGUGAUCGAUUAGUCCCGAGGGAAAUAAUCGUGGAAAAAAAGCAAAGCUGUCAAGGUUUUGCCAACUUCAGAGCUGUCAGAUCCGGGGUUACUUUUGAAACGAGAUUUGGCAGAAACCACGUCUAAUGAAGAGUUGCGUGCUUUGAAAAAUCUCUCCUCCAGACAUCUUAUGAAAAAUAAGCCAGGGCAGGCAUGGCAAACUAGCUGAGCCACAAACACUAUAAGAUUAGCUACGACUCAGGGCAGCCCAAGCAAGAAAAGAAAGAAGUACGAAAGAGGCCACUAAACUUACGGAAGAAGAUUGCAAGCUUGUAGUUGAGGAUGUAGUAUCCAAGCCUGUGACAAACGAGCAGUGUGCCUAGAUGCCGUGAUUUUAAAGGAAUUCGAAUGAUUGUUUCAAAUAGAAGAUAUAUACCUGCGUUGGGGUCAGCUUUCAAAGCAGCGGCCUCCAGGAGCCUGCGCGCUUGUUCUGACAGCAUUGCUACUUUCUCAUUCACACUUUAUAACUGUCUUCAGAAAUUUAAUGAUAAAUAAUAACCACUCGCUUUGUUGGCAGUGACAGUGUCCAUGAAGGAACCGCAUGAAGAAACAAAUCUUGUGCGUCCUUGUCACAUCGCUGUACGGACCACACGAUGGGCCACGGUGCUGCCGACCAGUUCUCCUGCCCUUCAGCCUGAGGAGGGCAGCACUGGAGGAACAGGCUAGCGGUUCACACUGUCUGCCCGUGGCACCAGCAUCAUGGUUUGAAUGAUGGUCUGAAUCUGUGGAAGAAAUGUAGAGCCUGGGUCCCACCCAGACCUACAGAAUGAGAAACUCUGGGGGAUUCUGAAACCUGCCCACGUUCGAGAACCACCGGGCUAAUUGGAGACUCCCUAGUGUUGAUUUCCUCCAGCCUGGCAAUUCUGGCCUCCAGCGCAUCAGCAGGGGCCCACGUGUGGACAUGCACCCAUCAUGCUCCCUCACACCUGCAAAGCACCUGGGUUCAGUGUAUGAGUCACUCUGUUCCCAGGUUCUUAAGCAGGGCGGCCACAGAGCCCAGGGAGCUGUGACUUUAUCCUAAGAGUUGCAGGACAUUUACAUAUAAUUCAGCCCAACAUUAGGGGAAGAUGUGGGAGAAGCUUGUUCUUGCUUGUAGCUCAGGCAUGUCCCUGCCCUUGCCGCCACCUCUAAGAUUCUGGUUUAAGUUCAGGACAGACCAGAACCCAAGUGGAACUCAGCGGCCAGAGUUUGCCGUUUUCCACUUGGAAGGCUUCACAGGCAGUUUAAAUUUCAAACCAGGAGCCUUCCAUUUGCAGUAUCACCCACUGUUGUCUCCAGUGGGCUUGCUGAAAUGUCACAUAGUGAAUCAUAGCAAUGACUUAUUUUGAAUGGACACCUACAGUAGGUUUUCUUAACCCAGUUUCAUUCUAAAAUAAGGAAGAAACCAUAUGCAAAGGCCACCCAUCAAAUGUAUCUUUUUUCCUACUCAACACUGGGUGGUCCUUUGAAGUAGUACCUCCCUAGUAACAAGGAGAAUCAAGUAUAUUCCCCAAAGUGUAGGAGUUAGCAAAAAAUAACCCAGAAAAAGCCCAACAAUAUAAAAGAAUAUGGAAGUAGACACAGUGUAAGUUCACACUUAAGAUUAAUUAGUGGUUUCUCCCAUCUCAUUGUGUCCUUCCCCCCUCUCGGAUUGCAGGGCAAGGCUCAUUAAGAGGCAGCCAUAUUUCAUGGCAUCAUUUUGUGUCAUGAAGCUAAGUCUUGCUUGCCAUACCUGGCUGGGGAUACAGGUGCCAGCCCUUUGAUGUUCCAGACUCUUCUGGUAGCCUGUUCCCUUCCCAUGGUCCCAGCCUCACCACCCCCUCCGGGAACAUGGCCCUGCCCACUGAGACCCCUUCCUCUUCCCACUUAGCUGUUUUCCUGCCCCAGGUGAUUCCAGUCACAGGAUUCUAUAGGAGGGGGAGCCCAACAGAACACCGACCACAGUGGAGCAGAUUCGGCUCCUCCAGUAGGGGGCAGACUACACAGGGUGGAAACCUCCUGAGAAGGUGGCAGAACACUGCCCAUCCUGGGCCCCUCUCUCAGAGCGAUGCGUAUUCUCGGUGUGCUCUUCACUAAAGACAGGACCACGGUGUGACACUGAAUCUUCUUGAACAAUUAUUGGAACGGUUUAAGCAGAGAGGGCACAAAUAAUAAAUAAUCCAGGGAAUAGGCCAAGAAACAGUGAGCUCCCUGGAAGAGUCUGGAAUUAAAAAGAGCCAUUCCAAUAGCUGCUGCCUAC